ACUUUUGCAAUUACAGCAUCAACAACAAAAUGUUCAAGUUCUUCGUUGUCGUCUGUCUGGUGGCUGCUGCCCACGCUGGAGUCAUUGGUUCCUCCCUCCUCGUCUCACAAUUGGGAGGCUUAAGUGUUGGACAAGUUGGAGUUGGUCUUGGAGGAGUUAGACCAGUUGGAGUUGUCGGUCUUGGAGGAGUUGGACCUUACGGAGUUGGUUUUGGAGGAGUUAGAGGAGUUGGUUUGGGAGCAGUUAAUUCAGGCGCAGUUGGUUUGAGCGGAGUUGGAUUGGGAGGAGUUGGUUUGAGCGGAGUUGGAUUGGGAGAAGUUGGUUUGGGAAGAGUUGGUUUGGGAGGAGCUGGUUUGGGAAAUGUGGGAAUCAUUGGUUAAACAUAUCAAUGGAAAUAAGAACAAAAUUAGCUACAUCAAAAUCCAAAUUUAGGAAGCAGAUGCUAAAUUGAAAAUUUGAGAAACUACUCUCUUUUGGACCUCACAUACAUCAUUAUUUUGUCAUUCAAAUUGUGAAAUAAAGAAAAAUAAUUGAA